GGACUGCGUGACGGAAGAACACACCCUAGCCUGAGGCUGAAAAAGUUCUGGCCCAGGAUGCACAGUUCUCUUUUGAGCCGACAAACAAGCGCUAGGACACCCUGCUGCCCACAUUUGCAAUCACAUAGAUGUAUUCGUUACAGCAAGCGGAUAUGGCGGAUUCAAGCACCGCGAGCCGCUCCAGAAGAUGGCGAGACCUCUCAGGCGCCGUUUGUGGCCGGGGACUGGCGCGAGUUUCGUGCAAAGCUGAUUAUGCGGACAGCGGGCGUGCCGGAGGGCGCUCGGCGCAGCGAGGACAACCGGCGCCUUCUAGAGAUCCAGAAUCCGGCACUAGCAUCUGAGGGCAUUUGGGCGCACGGCACGCCGCGGCCCGAGGUGGGCGGGUUGGUCAUCUCAAGCAUCGAGGCGCCGGAGUUGCUGAAGGACGACCGCCUGUUCCAGCUCGUCAUCUUCCUGACCACGCACGGCCCGGACGGCAGUGUGGGCAUCAUCCUGAACCGACCCACGGGCAUGGUUCUGGGCCGCAAGCCGGGGGGCUUGCCGCUGGAGCUGGGGGGCCCUGUGCCCAUCCAGCGCGUGUUCCAGGACAACAUGGUCUACUGCGGCGGAUUCACCGCGCAGCAGGUCAUUCACAUCAUGCACGGGCACCGGUUACAAAACUGCGUGCAGGUGGUGCCGGGUGUGUACAUGGCGGGCGAGGUGGCGGCCACGGAGGCCGUGUCGGGCGGCCGGCUGCCUGCAGGCGACUUCAAGUUCUUCUCGGGCGCGAUCACGUGGGCGCCCGGGGAGCUGGAGGCGCAGAUGGACCGCGGCGCUUGGUACACCGCCGCCUGCUCUCGCUCGCUGGUGCUCAAGUCGGCCCUCCAGCUUCCAGUGCCGCUGUGGCGCGAGGUGCUGCAGCUCAUGGGCGGACAGUACUCGGAGGUGGCCAGCGAGGGGUACGAGGGAGACGAGUAGGUAGGGGCUAUUAAUCGCCUGACGGUGUAGGCUCUGUGCUGCUAUGUAUCUAUCUGGUGAAGCAGUUGUACCUGUACGCUUGCGCUGCUAGGAACGAGCUAGCUGGCAAUAUGCGCAGUAUAUGUACGCUUGUUGGGACCUGCUGUUACGUGCUGUUGCGUUCUACUCGUUACUACCUGUAUGUGUUGCCGAAGAUGCUUAAACGACGACUGCAUGCGCACGGUGUCACUGGAGGUAGGGUUUGUGUUCGCUUGAUAAGAAAGGUGACUCACCCACCCUCUCAAGGGAAUCGUGCGUGGUUGUCCUGUGCCCGCUAGCUGCUGUGCGUGCUUGUGCUUACUUGACAACUAUUAACGGGACGCGGCUGACGGGCGCUGGCGGGCGGUGCCUGUACAAAUCGCCGACCCCGGCUAUGUCCGGGAGAUGAGGUAGAUUCAAAACCUUCGGCCUCAAACAUAGCACCAACGUGGUGUGGGCGCAGCCCACAUAAUGCGAUGCCUCUAAUAUGGGCUGAGCUUCCCGAGGGAAGCGCUUCAUAGGGGGCUCGAAGCCCCCCAUGAUCACCCCUGCCUGUCCCGGGGAGUCCCUCCCCUGCCCCUGUCCGUGGCGGGCAUUCGUGCGUUCGUGCUCGCCUGCGAUCGACCCUGCGUCUGCGGAACCGCUGCUGCUCACCGCCCACCGCCGCCCACGGCGCACACACAGCGCAUCGCCGACCGCGGCCCAGGCGGGGCACCUGGCUUUAGGGGUGCUGCCCAUCUUCAGAAUACACUUGGAGCCUGGCAUCGCAAGUUCCUCGCGAGGGGGCGGGGCGGACAAGGCGUGCGUGUGCGGAGCAGGGCUCCUAUCUUAAUGUCUCCAGACAUUAAUUGGCCAUUUUGGCCGUUUCCUAGACAUUCCUCCCGGGGGCUAAUGUCUGGGGCGAGACUUUGUUGGCCCGGGUUUGGGGAGGGUUUUGUCCCAAUUCCUAUGGAGAA